AGGAUGGAGCCCCGGCCGGGGGCCUGCCAGUACGCCCAUGUGCAGCUGCAGGGGGGCGCGCCCUGGGGCUUCACUCUCAAGGGGGGGCUGGAGCACGGCGAGCCGCUCCUCGUGUCCAAGAUUGAAGAUGGAGGCAAGGCUGCCCUGUCCCGGAAGAUGAGAAUUGGAGAUGAGCUGGUGAAUAUCAAUGGUACCCCGUUAUACGGCUCCCGACAAGAAGCCCUCAUCCUCAUAAAGGGCUCCUUCCGAAUCCUGAAGAUGAUUGUCAGGAGGAGAACCACCCCCCUGGCCCGGCCGCAUUCAUGGCACAUGGCCAAACUGUUGGAGGGGCGCCCUGAGGCGGCGGCUGCCUCCAUGAACUUUCCUGAAGACCCCUUCAGCUUAUCCUGGCAUUCGGGCUGUGACACCAGUGACCCGUGCAUGCAGUGGUGCCCACUGUCCCGCCACGGCAGCACUGAAAAGAGCAGCUCCAUUGGCAGUAUGGAAAGCCUGGAGCAGCCCAGCCAAGUGUGCCACGAGGGCCGCGCCUCCCCUGUGGAGCAGAGCACAUAUCAGAGUCAGCGGGACUCGGCCUAUAGCUCCUUCUCUGCAGGUUCCAGUGCAUCAGACUGUGCCCUGCCCCUGCGGCCAGAGGAGAUGGCAGCCUCAGACUGCAGCCCACCAGGCCUCGGGCCAGCCAAGGCCCCAAAUGGCCUCUAUCUCCACACAGGGCCUGAUGGGGCAGCAGGGCCAUUAGGUCACCAGCCUUCACCCAGCCCCCAGGAGAGUCCUCUCCCUGGCCCUGUCCAAGUUCCUGGAGCCACUCCAGGUCCUCCCCAGCCUCCAGUAAGGCGGGACAGCCUUCGGGCCUCCAAGGCCCAGUUCCACCAGACAGAGAAGCGGAGGGCCUCAGUCCCUGGUGUUGCCUUAUACCUGAAGGAGAGAUGGAACCCUGAGACCCUGCUAUCCUCAGACCUCCUCCCUGGGCCCUGCUGCCCCUGCAGCCAGGUCUUAGAGCCACACGAGGGGCACUGGAAGGAGUGUCUAUCUGAUGAACAGUACUGUGUGGUGAGAUGCCCAUCUGAGUCAGGCCAUUGUGAUCGUGGGCUGCUGCUGAGGGGCAGUGCUCAGAGGACAGGAUGGCCUGGCCAGGACCAAGUCAUGGAAGGGCCCCCACUGUCCAGCAGCCCUGGGGGAGAGACCGAAGAGGAGGAGGCAGCCAUUGCUACAACGACCGCCAUCCCUGCCCAUCUCACUGGGCUGACUGGCCACCGUCACAGUGCUCCUGAGCAGCUGCUGGCCUCCCACAUUCAAUCACUGCACCUUGAUGUCAAGAGGGAUGGGGGCAGUGAAGGGACUGAACUGCAGGCCAGGCAAGAGGGGCAUCGCUGGACCCUUUCCCCCCUCCACAGUGCCCACCUGGGACAGAAAAGCCCUUGCCACCCUGGGGCAGGAGCCCAGAAUAAGCCUGGCGAGAAGAGGGCAGUGGGACAGGCAGGUGGCCAGCCUUUGACUUCUGAGAGCUCGGUUCAGAGCAGCCCCACUCCUGGGGGAUCCUCUGGUGAAGCAGGAGCCAUCCAGCUCUCUGGCCUGGAGGAUGCUUCUCAGCAGGCCAGCUCUGAUGAGGGCGUGGAGGCCAAGAACAGCCGCCCAGGAGAUGUUCGCAAGAGCAGCGGGGCACGCUACCGCUCCGCCCAGCAGAGACGCAGGAGCGAACGCUUCGCCACCAACCUGCGCAAUGAGAUCCAGAGGAGGAAGGCCCAGCUGCAGAAGAUCAAGGGCGAUUCAGAGGAGCCAGAACCUGUGGAGGAGAUAGAGGAGCCUGCUGAAGAGGCCCCAAGGCCCCCACCUCCUGAGGCUCCCAAAGCCAUCCCUGCUCCUGGACCCUCUCCACCUGUCCCUGCUCCUCCUCAGACACCUGCAGUGGCAGCUCACCAUAGACUGCCUAGCCCAGGAGACCGGUUCUCCAAUCAGACCCGACCUAAUGGAAACCUGUUGAGGGCCAGGUCCUCGGAGUGCUUAAGUCAGGUAGCAGAAAGCCGAGAAUUGAGGACCCCACCGGAGGGCCCUGGCAGCCCUGGCCAGAGGCCCUGGCAGCCUACGGCUGGACUACACCCCUGGUGCAAAGCUCCUGGGCAUGGCCCUUCCAAGCCCAGGCCCCAGGCUGGGGUUCGGGCAGGCCGCUGGCGGUGGUCUCCAGAGCGAAAACUGCAGCCUCAGCUGAUGCCAAUCCCAAGCGGGGCUUUGAACCUGAGUGAGGAGGAGCUGGGCGGCCCUUCUGGGGAGGAGGGCAUCUUUGUGCCUUUUGCAGAUAGGAAGAAGUUUUUUGAAGACACCAGCAAGUCACUGCCGCCACCAGCUUCACCCCUCGGACACAGUAAACCCUUUAACCUGAGGCCCAAACCAUUUGACCCACCUGCCUUCCAGCCAGUGGGUGCUGGCUGCAGGGAUCUGAGGCGCCACUCGGUAGACCAAGCUUAUCAUUCCUCGGCCUCCCUGCCCCCCGAGCCAGCCACUUACUCAGAAUGCUUUGUGAACAAGGAGCUGGAGCAGCCCAUGUGUUACCAGCCCCUGGCACAUUGUGGGGACUUUGAGUGCCUGCGGCCCUGCUCAUACUCAUGUGGCAUUCAGGCAGCUGUGGGCCAUGACGCAUGCAGCUACUGCCCUGUCCUGCUGAAGAGAAGCCUGCUCGGUGGCCACCGGAACCACCACUGCCACCCCCAGCAGUGGGCUCGCUGCCCAGCCUGUUGUCACCCGGGGCCCCAGCACAAGGUCGGAGAAGAAGGCAGCUCUUCCUGGAAGGCCAGGAAUUCCUCGCUAAAGGAAGUUUCUCCAGAUGAAUGGGAAUCAGCAAAGAUCACCAGGAAGGCCGGCCAGCCUGUGAGAGACCGAUCUCAUUAUAAGCUUGGCUGCCCACGCUCUUACUUCGAGAACGCUGGGCACGAGUGGUCAGCGUGCUAUCGAGUGGCCUCUUCCCUUGACCUUUUGUGUGACUACAAUCACUCAGUGGGGACCCUGAUGGGCAGAGCUGUCUGUGAGCAGGGCAGCCUGGUGCCACCUUUGCCCCAUCCACUUCGGGGUCGGGCCUUCUCGGAGAGUCACAUCAACUUGGACCCCCCAAGCACACGGGCUAAAGAGAGAAGAGAACUCUUGGCCAAAGCGGAUGAGACCCGGCCAGAUCCUCUGGGAGCAAGAAAGAAGGCCCCGCCUCCCCCACGGCCCCCACCUCCCAACUGGGCGAAGUAUAGGGGCCACAGGCUCUCUCACCACUCCCAGUAUGCCAGCUUAGAGAUCUCAAGUGGCCGGCGGUCUGACACAGCCUUGGAGCAGCCUCGCCCCCAGGGGGGCCAGGGAGAAGUUGUCAGGAAGCGAUCCCAGAGCCUCCCUCCAGAGCCACUGCCCAGAGACUUUCCUCCACAAUCUGCAGGUGACAGGCCUGGACCAGAGCAGCCUGGCCCUCAGUACUACCACCCUGGUGGGGUAUGGAGAAUGCCAGAGCAGUUGGGCCUCAAACCAGACCCUGGGACCUCAGCCAGAUCUGAAGCAUUGGUAGAAGACCAGCCCAAAGCCAAAGACAACUGGAGUCAGGGCCGUUCACCUGCCGAGGAGCAGUACUGCCUAGUUAACUGGAGCCCAGAGCAGCAACGGCUCAGUCCUGCCGGCCUUGCCACAGAGGAAUCUGGGCCCACUCAGGAUGUCACAGAGGUUGAGACCUGCCGCUUGGUUUCAACACGGAGGUCAGCCUCGACCCGCAUCAACUCAGAGGAGCUAAUGAGAGAUGUGGCAGACAGGGAUCGGUCACUGGCUGGCAUUCUGAAUUCAGCCUCCAACAUGGUGACAGUUGCAGAGGUCAUGGGCGACCUCUUCCCUACGGAUGAUCUGCCUUGGCAAAAACAUGUCCGCCAGGAUUGGCAUUUGGUCAGAAGAAGACAGGAGGUAGCCAAGGAAAGGCAGGAAUUCCAACCCAUCUCCCCCCCACCACCGCCUGGCAGCUUCAGCAGCCCCACCAGCCCCACCAGCCCCACCAGCCCCACUUCCUACUCUGCCUACUACAACACCUCGGCUGGCAAGGCAGAAUUGUUGAAUAAGAUGAAGGAGCUGUCCCAGGUGGCCAAGGAUUCCCUGGGAGAGGCUGAAGUGGACCAUGAGCUGGCUCAAAAGAAGCUGCAGCUCAUCUCCAGCAUCAGCAAGAAGCUGUCUGUGCUGCAGGAGGCCCAGCGGGGGCUGAUGGAGGACAUCAGUGCCAAUGUGGCCCUGGGGGAGGAGGUUGAGGCCAUGCUGAAAGCCGUCUGCAAAGCCAACGAGUUUGACAAGUUUCGGCUGUUUAUCGGUGACCUAGACAAGGUGGUCAACCUGCUGCUCUCCCUUUCUGGGAGGCUGGCCAGGGUGGAGAAUGCCCUCAACAGCCUGGACCCCGAAUCCACUCAGGAGAAGCUUGCACUGAUGGAGAAGAAGCGACAGCUGACAGAACAGCUGGAAGAUGCCAAGGAGCUGAAAGAGCAUGUGGACCGGCGGGAGAAAGCUGUGUACAACACAGUGUCCCGCUACCUGCUUCAGGAGCAGCUCCAAGAUUACCGGCACUUCGUGAAGAUGAAAUCGGCCCUCAUCAUGGAGCAGCGGGAGCUGGAGGAGAAGAUCAAGCUUGGGGAGGAGCAGCUAAAGUGUCUUCGGGAGAGCCUCCUCCUGGGCCCCCAAGAUUUCUGAGGCUUGGAGUGAGAGAUGCGGGGUGUGUGAAGGAGGCAGGCCUAGAGCCGCCCAGAGCUUCCCAGAGAGGUGGCCACAGCCCUGCCCUCCCUUCCUCCAUCUGCUCACCUUAUGCUAACUGCCCUAGCCCCAAGAAGUGCCUUCUGUUGCUAAGAAGCCAAAGAGACCCCCAUGCUCCCCUCCCAGCCCCAGAAUCUGCUUGCAGAUACUUUCCAAGGCAGCUUGUCUGUGCCCAUGACCUCCUCUGGCCAAUGCUUCCAACAGAGCCUGAGCCCGAGCCUGCUGGGUCUACCCUACCCACAAUCCUCUCUGCUUAGUCGGAUAUUCAGCCUGCCUGGCCACCCUCUGGAGAAACUCAGAGGCAGAAAGGAGUGACUCGUCAUUUAUCUAGGGAAAUCAAACCAAGGGCAGCUAGAAAGAGCCAGGGUUAGUCACCAAGUACCACCUCGGUGCACACGCACACAACGGCCCCUCCCACCGCCAACAGUGGCCAUUGCUGGAGGGAUCCUUUUCUGGUUCUUCAUGUCAUAGCAUGAGCAUGGGCAGUGUAGCCUUUGUGCCUGGCCCACCGUAUUCUGAUCGCCACCUUCAGCACUCGCAGCAGAUGCCUACGUUGGUGGAGAAGCAGCAGGGUAGGCUACUGUUGAAGGCGCUCACAGUUGGGAGAGAAGGGAUCCUUGUGGAUUUAUCAUAUGUUAGCGUUUGCCCCAAGAGAAGGCCCCCGAUGCUGCCCGAUGGCACUGCCAUGCUAAUCAGGACAAACUGGCUGCCCGUGGGCACUCACAUUUCUGGGUCCCCAGUCUGUCAUGCUGUCUUCUCUCCCUCAUUGUAGUCGAUAUGCUGGCCAGCACCUUCCCCCCACUAGAUGCAGAACAUUCCUUCUCAAAACCCCAUGAGGGAAACAAAGGCACCUGACCUUGUCUGGUUAGAAGUGGUUCCAUCUCUAGUCCCAUUUUGGCACAUCCUGUUCCAGCAAGCCUGCCUGUGGGAUGGCCACUAGACAAGUGCCAGUGUGGGCUAGUGGCCGUAGUGAGGGGCUCCUCUCUUUUGUAGGCCUUUGAUGCUCUUGGCCUAAGCAGGGGCCUGGAUCUCUUAGCCAUGGCUGUGAGAAGAUGCACUUAGCUUAUCCUCUGGCUACUCAGACCAAUGGGGGCUCCCCCCCCCAAGGUGGCACUUUGCUUUCACUGGGGGGGUCAGACAGAGGCUGGGAUCUGGUGGAUGCUGGCAUGGAGACAGCAGAGUGGACUGCAGGUGGGGUAGGUGAUCAACCCUGGCUCUAUCAGAAGGUGGAGGCCAAUGGUGGGGCUUGGUGUUCCCCCCAGAAGGUUGUGUGAAGGGUCCCUCUGGGAUGGCUUGCUUGGGGGUUAAGGAAUUUGCUAGGGUACUCCCUGCCGUAUUACAAAUGCUGCCUUUGAAACCAAGGGGAGAAAUUCAGCCAACUGGACCCGAUGUGGGAUCAACCCCUCCUGAGGUGGCCAUCACCAAAACAAAGGGCCCAGAGAUGACCCACCCACUGCUGGCCCAUGCUCCUCAGCCCAGGCAGCCUCUAGGCCUUUUCUGCCAUAGCAAGGGCCAGGGGGCAGCAGGCUUGCCAAAGAAGGACCCGGGCCUUACUAAGACAAAGCAGGCGAGCAGGCGGGCAUGUUCAAAGUGAUACUAAUGAAUGGGAACACACAGUAUGUGCGGCAGGACAGGCAUCUGGUUUCUUUAAUGGGCCCUAGGAAUGAAUGGAGGACUUCCAAGACAGUAAUGAUAGUAAGCGCUGGCACUUAGGGAGCGAGCCCUUUAGGGGUGCCAAGGUUCCUCACGAAGCAGUGAGCUGGCCCCCCUCUGAGGCGGGGCCUCAGAGUUUGUGUGGGGCAAGAGGUCAAACCCCAUGCCCUGCCCCCCAUGACUCCUCAGCAGGCCAGGGGAAGGGCAAGCCUUAUCCUUGGUGUCCCAAACAGGCCUAUUCCCCCCUUCGGGGACAGAACCAGAGCCCCGAGGAGCAUGCCCCACUCCCAGACACAACUCAUUGGGAGCCAGCUGAGGAGACGGUGGUUCUCCUCCCACCCCCACCCCCAAAUCUGUGCUUGUUGACAUGCGCCCUGGGGACCAGCCUCCACAGAAUCACAGGUGGACAGGCGGUGGCUGAGGAGAGAGAUGCAUUAAGCCCAGAGGGGGAGAAGCCCCACUCAGGGAGGUCCUAGCAGUAAAUACCAAAGGGGAGCUCCAUUUGUGGGGGCUGGGAGUAAGAAGGGGGACAGUAAGAGAGACACAGUGGGGGAAGGAGACCAGCAGACAGCAGGGCCCCUCCGGGCCUCUCUGCCCAGCAGCCUGAGGCCACCAGAAGGCCCCAGGGAGAGACCCUGGAGGAAGACCAUGGAAUCAGUGGGCACUUCACAGCAAUAGGGAGCGAGCCCUCACUCCUUUCCUGGUUUCCAGAAUCUCAUGGUCUGCUUCUGUAUCCCAGCUCCCCCAGCCUUCCCUUGUAUCCUUGGGCCCAAAGAGAAGAAGGGCCCAUUGCAUUAAAAGGUGCUAAAUGAA